AUGGCCGCCGCACCCGUCGCCCCGCCGCCGGCGUCCGCGGACGACGAGAUCGUGUACGAGUCCAUGCCCUGCAUCCGCGUCUACAAGAACCGCGUGGAGCGCUACUUCGGCACCGAGUUCGUCGCCGCCUCCACCGACGCCGCCACGGGCGCCGCCAAGCUCCCCAUCCUCGUCUACUACCACGGCGGCGGCUUCUGCCUCGGCUCCGCCUUCAACCCCACCUUCCACGCCUACUUCAACACCUUCGCGGGCCUCGCCAACGUCCUCGUCGUCUCCGUCGAGUACCGCCUCGCCCCCGAGCACCCCGUCCCCGCCGCCUACGCCGAUUCCUGGGACGCGCUCGCCUGGGUCGUCUCCCCAUCUCGCCGCCCCUGCCGCCGACGACUCCAACCGGGACCCGUGGAUCGCGGGCCACGCCGACUUCUCCCGCCUCUACCUGGGCGGCGAGAGCGCGGGCUCCAACAUCGCGCACCACAUGGCGAUGCGCGUGGCCGCGGAGGGCUGGCGCACGGCGCCCGGAUCCGGGGCCUCGUCAUGAUCCACCCCUACUUCCUGGGCACCGACAAGGUGCCCUCCGACGACCUCAGCCCGGAGGUGCGCGAGAGCCUGGGCUCCCUCUGGCGCGUCAUGUGCCCGACCACCACGGGGGAGGACGACCCGCUCAUCAACCCGUUCGUGGACGGCGCCCAGCCGCUGGCGUCCCUGGCGUGCGGCCGCGUGCUCGUGUGCGUCGGCGAGGGCGACGUGCUCCGCGACCGCGGCCGCGCCUACUACGACCGGCUCAGGGCCAGCGGGUGGCCCGGCGAGGCGGAGAUUUGGCAGGCGCCCGGCAAGGGACACACGUUCCACCUCCUGGAGCCAAGCUGCGAAGAGGCCGUCGCGCAGGACAAGGUCAUCAGCGACUUCCUCAACCGCUGA